GCUAUUGAUUUGGCUGACAAAACAAAUGCCUGGCCUGUUUUUCAAGAAGCAAACCGUCUAUGAUGGCACGUUUAUUUUUGCUCUGUAUACUUCAUCUUUUCGUCUGCAUCACUGUCCAGGGAAGUGUAUACUUAAUCACUGCACCUAAACUGCUGCGACUCGAUGCUUCGGAAAAGGUGGUGGUGGAGUUGUUCGGUUAUGACAAGGAAAUUACAGUAGCUCUUAAGCUAAAGAACACACUAGCACCAAGUUAUAAAGAAUAUGCAUCUCAGUCCCUGAAGCUCAACGCUGCGAAUAACUAUCAAGCAUCGGCUACUUUACGGAUAAUGCCGACAGAUUUCCCUAAAGAGGACAAUUAUGUCUACCUUCAGGCGAUUUCCUCUGCUUUCACUGCACAUGAAAAAAUCCCAGUCACUACUGUUAACGGUUUUCUCUUUAUCCAGACUGACAAGCCGUUAUACACACCCGAACAAGAGGUACAAGUGCGAGUUUACUCCCUCAACGAGGAGCUGAGGAAAUCUAGACGAACCGUCACCCUUACAUUCGUGGACCCUAAUGGUAUCAAAGUAGAGAUUAUUGAUAUGACAGACAUCAAUGGAGCAAAACCACUUCUUCCACCUUUCAAAAUACCUUUAAAGCCCAUUUAUGGAAUCUGGAAGAUUUUGGCCACCUAUGCAGACACUUUUGAAACCACUGCCACUGCUGAGUUUGAGGUCAAAGAAUAUGUGCUGCCUAGUAUUUCACUCCACAUUCUGCCCGAGGCCAACUACGUCAGUGAGAAGAACUUUGAAUCUUUCCAAUUGAAGAUUUCAGCCAAGUAUUUUGAGACAGAAGAUCCUUCUUGGAUUCAGGAUCCACUUAAACUAAAGGCGGAAUCAUAUGUGUCUGUCAACCAUCGUUACCUGUACAUCAAUUUGCCUGAAUCCUCAGUAUUUGAAGUCGGACAUGACAUUUCCAUCAACGUUUACUUUGAUUUUCGUGACUACCUUUCUCUGAAGACCUUCAGCUACCAGAUCAUUUCCAGAGGAAAGGUUGUGCAGUUUGACACAGUUAAGUGGGGCGGUGUAAAGAAUCAGAACCUCAACAUUAAGAUCACCCCUGACAUGGUGCCGUCUGCUCGGCUAGUGGUGUACUACGUCCUGUAUGGGGAGGAAAAAUCAGAGCUGGUGGCAGACUCCACGUGGAUUGAUGUGAAGGCUAAAUGUGUUAACAAUUUAAACGUAGACAUAUCAACUCCAAACUCACAGUAUAAACCCAAAGAUGAACUCCAAUUAAGAGUGUCAACUAAAAGCAGAGAAGAGUCACUGGUGGCCUUUUCUGCUGUUGAUACGGCCCUGUACAACCUAAAAUCUAAUGACAAGGACCCUCUAAAAAAGGUGCUACAACAUGUUGAGCGAAGUGACUUGGGUUGUGGAAGAGGAGGAGGCAAAAAUAAUGCUGAUGUGUUUGACCGUGUCGGCCUUAUGUUCAUCACCAAUGCAAACGCCAAAACCUCUAGCGCAGAGGGGGUUUGCUCCGACUUGGUUAGGCCAAAGCGUUCAAUUAACCUGGCACAACAGUUUGAAAAAAUGGCCAAACACUAUGGGUUGUACCAGUGUUGCUGCUCCUCUGGGACAGAGAGUAGCCCGGUGCUUGAAACCUGUAAACAUCGUUCAGAGAGAUUGUCUUAUCCUUCACAUUUUAAUAUGCGUCAGAAGGCACGGUGCAAGCAAGCAUUCUCGGACUGUUGCGGCAAAGCUGUGAAUCUCCGUCUAGAGAAUGUGGAUAAUAUCAUACUAAGUCGCACAGCAAUCGACUUUCUGCUGGAUGCGAUGCCAUCUCAGAUUAGGAGCUACUUCCCUGAGAGCUGGUUAUGGGAGGAACACACCAGCAAGUCUGGCUCAGUAAGCAUUAGCAAAAUUAUUCCAGACUCACUGACUACAUGGGAGCUGAAAGCAGUUGGGGUAUUCAGUGAGGGGAUCUGUGUGUCAGAGGAAAAGAUUCAGGUGUCCCAGGACAUUAGUGUGGAUGUGCCCUUGCCUUAUUCCAUGGUUCGUGGAGAGCAGAUUGAGCUCAGAGGUUCAGUCUACAAUCAGCAUUUUUCAAGCACUCCGUUCAGUGUGACCCUGACUGCAACAGAGGGUGUGUGUGUGUUUCGUGGAGCUCAACAGGGGAAAGAUGGAAAGCCACAUGAAAACAAGGGAAAUAUAGCAGGUCGUUCAGUGGCCUUCGUCACGUUCUACAUCAUGGCCUUGGAAGCGAGCACUCAUACGCUCACUUUUACUUUAAAAACUAAAUAUGGCACUGAGAGUGUGGUCAAGAAAUUGAAAGUGGUGCCAGAAGGAAUUAGAAAGGAAAUACAAAGUGGUGGAAGAAUUGAUCCAAAUGGAGUCUUUGGCACAUCCAUGCGGAAGCUUGAGUUAAAAACUGUAAUUCCUCCAAACAUUGUGCCCAAGUCAACUGUGGAUCGUAUUCUAACAGUUAAUGGUGAAGUACUGGGAGAGCUUCUGUCAAUAAUAAAUAACCCAGAAGGUUUAAAACAGUUGACUAACCUGCCAAGGGGAAAUGUAGAGAUGGAGCUUAUGGCUCUCCUGCCAAUCUACUAUGUCUACCACUACCUAGAAAAAGCAGAGAAAUGGGACAUUCUGGGGAAAGAGGCUGCGGCGAGUGAAAAGCAAUUAAAGAGGAAGAUGCAAGCUGGCAUCACCAGCAUCAUGUCAUUUAAGCUGAAGCAUGAAUAUGCCUUUAGCAUGUGGUCGAAGAAGGACAAAUCAGCCAGCACCUGGGUGACGGCCCUCAUAGUCAAGGCUCUUGCUGACAUGCAUGAAUACGUCUCUUUGGAGCCUGAAGUGCUGACCAACACCAUCAACUGGCUGAUUAAAAAUUGUCAGAAUGAUGAUGGCUCCUUCUCUGAAAAAUCACAAACUAAUCCACAUAAACUCAUGGGUGCCGGAGCAGAUGUCACUGAAAAGGCAGUUUUCCUCACAUCUUUUGUCAUGAUUGGAAUUAAAAAUGCCAUGAAGAUCCGAAAUGUUAACUUAGAGGUCUUUAAAAUUGCUAUAGAUCGUGCUGCGCAGUACAUCACCUCUAACUCAAAGAAGAUUGAAAGUUUAUAUGCAAGAGCCAUUGCAUCUUAUGCUCUGACACUGGCAGACAUCCAUAGUAUGUCUGCAGUCGGUCUUUAUGAAAUACUCAAAAAGCAGGCUCAAGUUGAUGAGAACCCAGCCACAGUCCGUUUCUGGCAGGAGUCCAAACUCCGCAAGGAUUCAUUAAAACCCAGUGAUGUGACAGCAAAGUCCGUGGAAACAACCGUUUACGUCCUGCUUAACACUUUAGUCAGAGGUGAUUCCACCUAUGCAAAACCUAUUCUGAACUGGUUAACACAAGACCAGAGAUACGGAGGGGGCGUCCAUUCAACACAGGACAGCAUUCUCACUUUGGAGGCGCUUACCAAGUACAGCAUCUUAGCCAGUCGAGCCACCUUAGACAUGGUGGUUGACAUUGAAUACAAGACUAAAGGUGACAUCAGACGAAUCAGACUAACUCAACAGAAGCCUGUGCAUAAACCAAUUGAGGUGACCAAAAAUGAUGAUAUAAUCAUCAAAACUGCAAUGAGCUCUGGUGUGUCAUUUGCCAGUCUGAGAACAGUGUUCUAUGAGAUGACAGAAAACAAUAAAAAUUGCUAUUUUGAUAUGUCAAUUGACAUUCAUGAAAGUGUCCCAAAUUCAGAUGAUCCUAUGCUUUUGUCACAGCGGAUUGUGGCCUGUGCAAAAUUCAAGCCACAUGAAAAUGCAUUUGAAACGGAGUCAGGAAUCACUGUGAUGGAAAUUAAUUUGCCGACCGGUGUGACCCCAGUCCAGGAAGAUCUAGAUAUGUACCUGAAUGGACUUGAGUCUCGGAUUUCCAACUAUGAAAUCAAUGGCGACCAAGUCAUCCUUCAGAUAGAUUCGAUACCAUCAGAAGAGCUAUACUGUGUGGGUUUCCGUGUUCAAGAGGAAUUUGAAACUGGCAUGGCCAGAGCUUCUGUAUUCGAAGUUUAUGAAUUUAGUAAUCCAGAAAAUAAGUGUGUGAAGUUCUACCACAAACAAAGCCGCAAACUGUUACGACUCUGUGAGGGAGACCAAUGUCAGUGCAUGGCAGCGGAAUGCUGCAACUUUAAAUCCACCAUUGAUCCCCAAAUUACGGCUGUACAGCGUAAAAAUGACAUGUGCAAAGAAAGCAUUAAUUAUGCAUUUAAAGUGUUAAUUGAAUCAUCUGAGGCAGGAGGAGAUUUCGUGACCUACAAAGCGAAAGUUAAAGCAGUGCUCAAGAAAGGACAAACAGACGACCUAAAGACAGAUUCAGAGAUAGAUUUAGUGAAGAAGGCAACUUGCAGUUCAACAAAUUUCGAAGUUGGCAAGCAGUAUCUGAUCAUGACUGCUGAGAGUAUUAAGAUACAAAUGAAUCGUGGUUAUAAGUAUAAAUUUCCUUUGGACUCGCGUGCUUGGGUGGACUGGUGGCCACUUGACACUGACUGCAGAGAUGCUGCCUGCAAACAAUACGCCAGUGUUUUGGAGGAAUUUGAAUUUGAUUUCUUAUUAUCUGGCUGUGAAGAUUAAGUGAUAAAUUGCAUGUCAAUAGAAGAACUAAUUCGUAUGCCUGUUCUUCUAUUCUAUAGCAACAUAAUCUGAAAAAAUAAAUAA